GCGAACCCUAGCAGUCGCCUCCGACCGCGACUCCCUCUCCCCUCGCAGCCGGUCUGCACCCUCCUUCUCCCCCACUCGAUGCAGAUCCAUUGCAGACUCCUCCCACUGUGGCUUCUGGGUGCUCUCCGGCCCGCCCAUGGCUUCCCUGGCGACGAGAUCCGGCCUCCGCUCCCUGGCGGUCGUGCAAGAUCUGAGGCCCGCGUCGCGUGGAUGAGAAGGGAACCCCUGUCCCCGGGAGAUCCCGUCAGGUGCCCUCCUCCCCGCCGACGGGGAUGGUGCGGCCGGCGGGCCUCCUCGACCCGACGACGAGGCAGCGUCCGUUCCUCGACCCGCGCGCCUCACCGUCGUCUCCACCGAGGAGAUCCUCCUCGUCACGGGGCUGCUGGACAACAACGAAGACGACCAGGCGGCCACCAAGGAGAACGUCACCAUCACCGUCCGCUUCUGCCCGCUCAGCCAGCGAAAGAUUCGGCAGGGGGAGGAGGUCGCGUGGUACGCCGACGGGGACACGGUCGUGCGGAGCAAGCAGCAUCCCAACAUCGGUUACGCUUACGGUCUCGGCACCGGGAGGGACGGCUCCGGUGGUGUACGGCCGUCGCCGUGUCAGUGCAAGCAGGCGAUGGCCACCGAGGUCACGUUCGUGCUGUCGUCCGCUCUGUAUGUUUAUUUCUUUUGGCUAUUAACUGUACUAGUAAUAUCUAUCUACAAGUAUUGAUCAGGGCCUGCUCUGGGUGAUGCUGCUCCCACGCUUGGGCUCUGAAUUAGAGCUCUUUUAUGGUACCCACUCAAGCCAUUAGUCAAGUACAGCGACGCUGGUAGAGUUCCAACGGCCACUGCCGAGCCUCCUUCUCAAAUAGGUCCGACAACCAUGAUGCGUUGCGGACGUCAAGGUGAUAUCCACCGGCGACGCUUGCUGGCGCGGGCUCGCCACCGACAUCCACAAGCUCGCUGAUGCCGUCUCGGUCACUCUCGUUCCAAGAAGAUGAUCAGACUGCUUCGCAGCUUGACGGUCGAAAAGAAGAACUCUGUUCAGGACCUCCAGGCCUAAGAAAGUUGAAGUGCGAAGCCUUGAAGCCAAUUGUGUGAUGCUCUACUUAUCCAAGAAUGCAUAUUAUAUAUUGUAAUAAUAGGCAUAUCUGCUUUGUAACAGAUUGGAAAAAUUGUAAUAUACUACCUUCGUGUUAAUUUGAUGAAUUUAAC